UUAAAGUAACUAUUGAGAAGUUUUUAAAGAAUUCCACUAAUAUCAAAACUUUAAUAUAAAAAAGUUUAAUUAGUUUACAUUACGGUUGAUUCAUCUUCGACGUACAUUAGUUAAAUUCAUUUUGAUGUAGUUUUGUGUGCUGUUUUGCAGGAAAAUCUUUGUUUGAAAAAUGUUUGCAAUAUUCUUUACUUUUAUGUUCGUGACAGCAUAUACCGCAGAUAAAAUACCCUCUUACAUUCAUCCGUGUGGUCGUAAAGAUCCCAACUACAGUCAAUGCUUUGCAGACAAUAUUGAUAGUGUAAAGAGUAAGAUUUGCACAGGAAUAAUGGAAUUGAAUCUUCCUCCGCAAGAGCCAUUAAUUGUUGACAAAAUAAUUAUUUAUGACAUGGUUAAUCUGAAAUUGAUUCUCAAAGACUCAAAAAUAAAAGGACUUUGCAAUCUUAAUAUAACUUCACACAACGCAUCUUCCGAUAGGCUUUAUCUCGAGUUUAGUUUCACAGUAAAAAAUCUUACCAUGGACUCCAUGUAUAACUUUGACUUACGUUUAUUGGUGUCACUUGCUAAUGAAGGACUAGUUCGCGUUACAUUAGAUAAAAUAGAUGGAAAGAUAAGUGUAGAUUUGGAAGAGAUAAUUAAGAAUGAUAAAAAACAAAUAUAUGUCUCAAAAGUAAAUACUAUUCUCAAAAUUAAAAAGUUUAACUAUGAGUUUGAUGAAACUGAGAAGAACUUGGCUCAAUUAUACGAAGUGAUUAAAAAAACCGUAGACGAAAACAACAAGGAAAUAAUUAAUAUUGUUAAGCAAAAAUUAGAAGGGGUAGUUUCCAAAUUAUUUAUUUUUGUUUUUAACACUGUAGUCCACAACAGAUUUGAGCAAUUAUUUCCCGAUGAAGCAUAAAAUGUGUCUGAAGUAUUCAUAUAAGUCCAAUCUUAUAUUUGGAACGUUUUAACCCAGCAAACACAAAAUUACAUGUAACGUGCUUGUUAGUUGUAAUUUCUCACUCAAUAAUAUAAUUGUAAUAUAAUACACGUGUUAUAUUACAAUUACAUUGUUGAGUGGGAAAUUACAACUAACAGAAACGUUACAUGUAACUUGGUGUUUGAUGGGAAGUUUAUUUUUAGAUACUGUAUUGAUUAUUUUAUUUACUAUAGAGUAUCUGAAGUAAACUUAAGACGAUCUCAUAUUUGAAAUUACAUGUAAAUAUUGGUCUAUAACUGAGCUUUUUCGUAAUAAAUCAUUUUGUGCAUUUUA